GUUCUGUUCUAUGGCCUUGGUUGCUGCUAGGACGGCCGUAAUGUGAUUUAUUGUGCCACUCACCUGGAGGGCUUAAAGUCUAAACAAGAUGAACUCUGGACAAAGUUCUCAAAAACAAUAUGGGCUUAUCAAGACAGCCAAGAAGGCUCCAAGUGUUGCACUUAAACCCUCAGUAUUUGCCAAUGAUUCUAGCAGUGAUGAGGCACCUGCACCAACAGAACAUUGGGGCAAGACUGCCCUCAAGUCAAUAUCGCACGGCUCGGUGCAGGCGGCUCAGACCCGUAAGGUCAUCAGACAGGCCAUGCAGGAGGACGCAUCGCUCUUCCAGUAUGACGAGGUCUAUGAUGGCAUGCAACAGCAAAAGCAGAAGAAGGUGGAAAUAAAAAAGACAGAGGACCAAAAGCCGCGUUACAUGCAGAAGCUGCUGGAGUCGGCCGAGCAGAGGCGGCACCAGCAGGAGCGGCGCAUGGAGCGGCAGGUACAGCGCGAGCGCGAGCAGGAAGGCGAUGAGUUUGCCGACAAGGAGGCGUUUGUGACCGAAGCGUACAAAAAGCGCCUGCUCGAGCGCGAGAAGGAGGAGGAGCAGGAACGUCGCAGGAAGCACAUCGAAGAUCUCACGGACGUGACCAAGCAGAAGGACCUGGGCAGCUUCUACCGGCACAUGUUCCACCAGGCCAGCUCACCACGGAAGACGGAGCUGGAGCCGGCAGAGGUGACGCGGCAGGCUGGGACCCCUCCCCCCGAGGCGGCCGUCAAACAGGAGCCGGUCACUCCACUGCGGGCCGGUGCGGCCGCGAGCGCCCAGUGGCAGAAGCCGGCCGAGUCAAGCGGACGGCAGUACCGACCGCGGCGGGUCUCCUCCUCGCCCGAGACCGGACCGGCGGCCGGCGCCCCGAGGGCCUCCUUCGCCGAGCGCGAGGCCCGCCGGCGCGCCCUGUACGACAAGCGCACGGUGGGCGCGGCACUUGAGGAGGCGCGCGCGCGGUACCUGGAGCGGCGGGCGGCGCGUCUGCAGGCGCCGUCGUUGGUGCCGUCCGAGGUAUGAGCGCCGGUCGUCCGUCCGGGCGGCGCUCAUACCUGGCGACGGCAGGAGCAAUGUGGAAAGCGACGUGAGGCAGGCAUAAUGGUCCGUCAUAUUCAUCGCGGUGUGAAUGCUAAUACAGAUCGCGCUCACGGAGGCUUGCAUAGAGCAAUUUGUAUCCUCCGCGGGGU